UUUCUGAUUCAUCCAGAAGCCCAUCCCCCUGGUCGAGGGAAGCCGUCCGACUCUCAUUCACUCUCCACUGGGAAGCGGCCCGGCUGCGCGUGCGGCGGUUGAAACAUGGCCUCGCCAAGGACAGUGACCAUAGUGGCCCUUUCUUUUGCCCUGGGCUUAUUUUUCGUGUUUAUGGGGACUAUUAAACUCACCCCGAGGCUGAGCAAAGAUGCCUACAGUGAAAUGAAAAGGGCGUACAAGAGCUAUGCCAAGGCGUUGCCGGGUCUGAAAAAGAUCGGCAUCAGCUCAGUGCUGCUUCGCAAGAUCAUUGGCUCCCUGGAGGUGGGCUGCGGCGUGGUGCUGACCCUGGUCCCCGGCCGGCCGAAGGACGUGGCCAACUUCUUGCUGCUGCUAGUCAUGCUGGCCGUGCUGUUCUUCCACCAGCUAGUAGGGGACCCCCUGAAGCGCUACGCCCACGCUCUAGUCUUUGGUAUCCUGCUCACCUGCCGGCUGCUCAUCGCCCGGCAGAGCGAUGAGCGGCCCGAGCGCGAGGACUCCAGGGAGGAGCUGCAAAUCAACGACCAGGAAAGGAACAAGGUGAAGCAGUCUUAAGGCGCGCGGCAUCAAAGGGAACCUGGUGCGUCUCCGUGGAUUGCAGUAAUGGAAAACUAAAGGGAAACAUUCACUCCUUGUAACAACCCUCCACACACACACACACACACACGUCCUCUGUCGUUGUCCAGCUGGCCGACUGAUUGCGUUCACCAAUCCCUCUGCACUUCUACUGUGAAACUUAAGAACUCCUGUCCCUUAGCUCCUCUACAUAACCAUGGACAAUCAUGCCUGAUUGAUCUCAGCUCAUCGUCACGUCACAUCCGUCCAGUUUUCUGUUUUAUUUUGAGUCCUGUCGUUGUAAUAAAUGCCUGUGUUUUUACCCGAGUACAUAUUGAAAUUGUUCUGAGUUGAUUUGAGAAUGCUGUGUUUCCGUCGGUCUUUAGGUCUAGUUUUUUCUAAUUUGUUUUUAUACUGUAGGUAUUUAGGAGAGACCUGUUAUGAAUCAAUCGGAAGCAUGCUUAUUUCGGUCAGGAGUACAUAAGCCAAAAAGAAGAACUGCUGAAAACAUUUUGUACCACUUAUACGUCAGCUUUUCGGAGCCGUGUCAACACAAGGACAAACUACACAAAAUAAUGCAAAUGCUCAUGCAUUGUUAAUUUCAGUAGAUAUUUCUGGAUGCUCACGUGUUCUCAUCUGUUUUAAAAGGAAAUAAUUGAACAUCUUAUUUCUUCUGCCCGCCCAGUCAUCUCAGUGAAAAGGCUUAGGGCAGCAGAUGUUGCCUUAGGUGUUUGCUGCUAACGUGUGCGGCAGCAUCUUAACCAAAUCAAGUAUCAUUUUGCCUGUUAGAAAGUGUAUCUUAUUCUUUGUAAUUCACUGUUGAAGUACUAAACUGGGGGAUUUUUUUCGUCUUGGAACAUUUCAGCUGCAGUUACAAAUCCUGUCAAUAUUUCUGUAAAUGAGAAACUUUAAAUAAAGAACUUGAGGUCUGAGUGACA